AUGGAAGUUGAAACUCAAAGUAAUACAUCCGCAUCAGAAACGAAGAUUGAUAUUUCUGAUAUAAAAGAACAUAAGGAAGAAAUUGAAAAAACUCCAUCAGAAACGAAGGAUGAUAUUUUUGUUAAAACUGAAAUGCAUAGGAAAUCAAUUCAUCAAAUUUUUGUUUCUCAAUGCAUGGAUUAUACAGAAUAUGGUAGAUCGGUUCUUGAAUGGUCAGUUAACGUUGAAAAUAAUGGUCCACAACAACCCGAUGUUUAUUUUAAGGUUGAUAAAAAAAAAAAUCGAUAUAUUUUCAAUACAAACGCUAAGUUAAAAAAAUCUUGUUAUUACGUAGUAAGGAUAAUUGUAGGGUUGAUUGAUUUAAAUAAUGAUCGUACUAGUAGUGAUCGAUUUCUUAAACUAAAGCAUCAAGUUGAUUAUGCUACUAUGGCAUGGGAUUCCUUCCUAAUGGAUUUGGUAGUAAUUGAUGUGCAUGGAAUCGGUAUUUAUACAUUAAAUGAAAAUAAGAUUGAACGAUACUUUUGGCAUAAUAAUGAAUGGAAGAAUUUUGGUGAAAAUUUUAGACACAGCAACAUUUAUAAACACUUUAAACACUUUAAGCUACUUAUCGGAAAAUUUUUACAAAAUGAAUUUGAUAAUUCAAAACACUCAAUACCAUUCCCAAUAUUUAUAAUGGAUGAUGGAGAGUGGACAGGGAAUAUUUUCCUACCAAUUAUAAAAGAUAAAUAUUAUAGAAGGAAUAUAGUUGAAGAUGUUAUAAAUGAUAAUUUAGUAUUACCAAAAUUUGGAAUUAAAAUGUUAAAAAUAGCAAUUGAAAACAAAAUUCAAGAUGCUGUUCAACAAAUUAUUGAAUUAACUCAAGAUUAUUCCGAAAAUUACAUGACUAUUAUAAGUUUAAACCUAGCAAUAUUAUGUGAUUAUUAUCCUGAUUUCAUAAUCAAAUAUAUCUCAUCCACUUCUAUUAUAUUAUCUCCUUAUUGUAUUUGCAUUGGAAAUUCAAAAAAUCCUUCACUUCAUUCAUAUGCAAACAUUAUUUACAUUAAAGAAUCGAAUACAAAUAAUAAUGUUUUUAAGCCUAUUUCAGCAAAUUAUGAAGUAGUCAAUUUCAUUGUUCCUUUUCCUCAAAUUUGCGUAUACCAAGAUGACUCCAAACGUAAUGACUAUGAGAACAAUGUGACUAAAAAAAAUCACGAUAUCAAAUCAAAAAUAAUCACAAUUCUAAAAAAAAUGAUCACAGGAUUAAAAAUAAUCAUGAUGAUACCAAAAAGUGAUUCUGGAUCUUUAUCAUCAUUUACUUAUCGUGAACAUUCUAUUAUGACCAUUUUAUUGGUUACUUUUACAUUUUUCACAGUAAUCUAUCUUAUGAAUUUAUUUAUUGGACUAUUCAAUCUAGCAAUUAAUGAUUAUAACAAAAAAGAAGAAUUUUUACUACAAAAAGCACAGAUUAUUAUGGAGAUUGAAUUAUUUUAUAUGUUACCAUGGCAAUGUAAUAACAAGAAAUGGUUUCCAGAUUGGAUUUAUUAUGAUAUACCUAUUACCGAGAUUCGUAAAUUAAUUAAUGCAAUUGAUAACGAACAGACUGUGUUUAAUUAUCCUCCAUUUAUCAGUAAGAAAUUGAGAGAGUUAGUGGCAUUUUCUGAUGAUAAUAAUAAACUAGAAAAGAAAAUAGAUCAGCUUACAAAACAAAAUAUUGAGUUUAAAGAAGAUCUUAUAAAACAAAAUGUUGAGCUUAAACAACAAUUAGAACGUAUUAUAAAUUAUAUUGGAGUAGAACAAGGAUAA